GCACUCUCCUGUGUGUCAGAGUCUCAUCUUCAUGUGUGUUCACCAUAGAAUAACAGAAGAAGAGGAAGAAGAAGAAGAAAAGAGAAUGAUAGCAAGUGACGAAGUACGCCUUGAGAGAUUGCGAAGGACGUAUCAUUCCAUAGCAACUCGAGUCCCAAAAGUAAUUCUGACACGAAUUGACUGGACAUUUCCUGCUUUGAAGAAUCAGGCUCGAUCUAACCUAAACAAACAUCUCAGAAUUCACAAUGGAGAACUACCAUUUUCAUGCGAAAUGUCUGAGAAAACGUUCGCACAGCGCUAUCGUCUAAACAGGCAUCUCAGGGCACACAGUGGAGAGCGACCGUUCUCUUGCGAUGUGUGUCAGAACCUGUUCACUCAGCUCCAUUACCUAAAAAUUCAUCUCAGAAUACACAGUGGAGAGAGACCCUUUUAUUGCGAAGUGUGUAAGAAUAAUUUCGCUAAUAGAUAUAUCCUGAAGAAUCAUCUGAGAGUGCACAGUGAAGAACGGCAUUUCUCGUGUAAAUUGUGCAAGAAAAGGUUCACUCGCCGCUUCCUUCUGAAUAUGCAUCUCAAAUCACACAUUACAGAACUAGCAUGA